AUGAUGUCGGAUCAAUAUGGUAUGAAUAGCAGCAUGGAUAUGAAAAGUAUUCAUCGAGAAGAUAUCGAUGAAUUUAGAAAGUAUAUGGAGCCGAUUCUAAAAAAAUAUCCACGCUAUGAUACAGAUUAUGCACUGUUACGUUGGCUUAGAGGAUGCAAAUUUGAUAAAGAAAUGGCCGCACAAAAAAUGAAAUGGGCUUUAAAUGCAAUGAAUAGAAUUGGAGCAUUUGAAAAAGAUCUUAGUUCAGUUGAGAAAAUCGAAGCGAUUUUACGAGCUGAAACGCCUUUUGCGGAAUAUUUUCCGAGUGGUACGAUAGGAUAUGAUAAAAAUGGAUAUGUAAUCAUUGUACAUAAUAUUGGUAAAGCUCAUCCACGUAGUUUAGUUGGUACCGAACGAGUAUCUCGAUUUUACAUCAACUCUAUAUAUGAGUAUGAAGGAAUACAAUGUCUUAUAAGAUCAGAGGAAGCGAAACGUAACUGUAAAUUGGGUACAGUAGUAAUCGUUGAUUUGAGUGAUUUCUCAUACGAUAUCAUUUUCCACUUGCCAGCUACAAAGAUAUACAUCUCAGCAAUUCUGAUGCUACAGGAUAUGUUCCCAGAUAUUGCAUCAAAAUUAUACAUUAUUAAUGCUCCCGUAGCUGUACAAUUUCUUGUGCGAAUGGUUUUGAUGAAUAUUGCUAAAGAAACGACAGAUACGUUCGAAUUUUUGGGCAGUGAUUGGAAAGAAAUUUUGAUAAAAAGACAUGGAGCUAAAUAUUUGCCAAAAAGGUACGGUGGCUUAAUGGACGAUCAUAUUUUUGAAAAAGGAGGCGUGGUCCCCAAUUCACUAAUACAAAUGAACAAAAAAGAAAUGGCAAGGGAAAAGCUAAAAAAGAUUGUGGUAAAUGCACGGGAUGAAGCAGUAGUAAGUAUUAAAGUGGAAAAGCCAAAUUCAAAACUUUCCUGGUAUUUUGUCUGUUCAUCAGGUGAUAUCGAUUUCUGCAUAUUGUUCAAGGAGCAAGAGGUUUGGCCACGUUUCCGGAUUUACACUCAAUUUAUAGCGGAAUAUAAUGAAAUCGUGUGCAAUGAAGCUGGCAUAUAUCAAUUGUUAUUCUCAAACAAACACGGACGCAUAUGGAGCAAAAUUAUUCAGUAUUACAUUAACAUCAAACAACCUUCCGCUUAA